AUGAACGCCUCUAGUAUCUGCCCGUUACUCGCCGCCGCCGCCCUGGUCGGUUUGGCAGCGGCUAAGUCCAAAAUCAAGAUCGUGCCCCUCGGAGACAGCAUCACAGAAAUCACCUGCUGGCGCACCUGUCUCUGGGACGACCUGCAAGCCGACGGUGUGACCAACUCCUUCGAAACUGCGAGGGCAAUUCGGGCUGGGACAUGCACCAUCCAUGAGGGUCACUCCGGCUACCUCGCCAUCAACAUCGCCAACACCAAUCUCCAAGGCUGGCUCGCAUCCGCGAAGCCGGAUGUGGUUAUGUUCAUGCUCGGCACCAACGAUGUUUCUCAGGGGAAAUCAAGUACUGUCAUCAUGGCCUCCUACACUAAGAUGGUGCAGCUGAUGCGCGCGAGCAAUCGAAUAUGA